AUGCCCUCUUGGCUCAACCACUCGGAGUGCAUCUCCCAUAACUGCAGCUGGGAGGAGAUCAACGACACCACAAGGAAUGAUGACCCUGUCCUGCCUCCUCUCAAUUACUACUCAAUCCCACUCCUCACUGGCAUCACCAUCGCCUGCACGCUGUUGUUUCUGGUCGGGAUGACCGGGAAUGUCAUGACCAUCUUGGUGGUCAGUAAGUAUCGGGACAUGCGCACCACCACCAACUUAUACUUGUGUAGCAUGGCUGUAUCAGACCUGCUCAUCUUCCUCUGUAUGCCGCUGGACCUCUACCGCAUGUGGAGGUACAGGCCGUGGCGCCUUGGAGACGUGCUCUGCAAGCUCUUUCAGUUCGUGUCAGAGUCAUGCACCUACUCCACUAUACUGAGCAUCACCGCGCUGUCAGUGGAGCGCUACCUGGCGAUCUGCUUCCCGCUGCGCGCCAAGGCUGUAGUUACAAAAAGGCGGGUGCGCGCCCUCAUUCUUCUACUAUGGACAGUGUCUCUUUUGAGCGCCGGGCCCGUGUUUGUGAUGGUGGGGGUGGAGCGGGAUAGCAUGGGACCACUAAAUUUGAGUUCGGGAAAGAAUGAGACUGGCUCCUCUCUGGAGGGCGAGGACACCCGGGAGUGUAAGAUGACGCACUACGCCGUGGAGUCAGGUCUGAUGGGGGCCAUGGUGUGGUUGAGCUCCGUUUUCUUCUUCAUGCCGGUGUUCUGUCUCACGGUGCUCUACAGCCUCAUAGGCCGCCGGCUGUGGCAGAGACACCGAGAAACAAACAUCAGCUCCCGUGUGGCUCACAGGGACAAGAGCAACAGACAGACCAUCAAGAUGCUGGUGGUGGUGGUGCUGGCCUUUGUCCUCUGCUGGCUGCCGUUCCAUGUAGGUCGCUACCUGCAGUUCCGCUCGCUGGACGCUCCAUCCCCGCUGCUGUCGGUGUUGUCCGAGUACUGCAGCUUGGUGUCGGUGGUCCUCUUCUACCUGAGUGCCGCCAUCAACCCCAUCCUCUAUAACACGAUGUCAUGGAAAUACCGGGGCGCAGCGGCGCGCCUCUUCGGCCUCACCUACAGCCAGCCACCACGUGGGCGCACAGCCAGCACCAUGAAGGGAGACGGCUCGAACGGCUGGACGGAGUCCACAGUCAGCUUCUAA